AUGACGAAGGAGGCUACCCAAGCGCGGAUCCAACAAGUACUGGAAGGGGAGGACGCAGAUCAAGGAUUGCAGGAAGAUCAGGGUGUCGACCACCGAAAGACCUUGGAUCUGGAGGCGCCCGACCUUACUGAGGUCGAUUCGCAGUGGAUCCACGCCCAUCGGUCUUUCAACGUGCUUAAAACGAGGAUUGCUACUACUCCGAUCCUACGACAUUUUGACCCAGAUCGGAAGGCCACCGUGGUUGUGUACGCUAGCGAUUGGGCCAUCUCGGGAGUGUUGAUGCAAGAAUACCACCAGAUCUACUACCCCGUGACGUUUGCGAGC